AUGCAACAGGAUGAGGUUGUGCAGCAGAUUGAAAGCAGAUUGAAAUUCUUGAGAUUGAAUGUUAGCAAGGAGGUUGCAAAUGAAGUGCUCAAGAUGUUUUUGAAGAAGAGCAAAAACAAGUCUGAGAAUGUUGAUGUCUUUGUCGAUAGCCUAGUUGAGAGUGGGACUCUGAACACGUUGCAGUUAGAUUAUGAAGCAAGCAAUGAGAUAAAAAAUGAUGGGCAAUGGAGGAGAUCAAGACGGAAUGCUGUAUAUUCAGAGAAAAUAACACCAGAGACGUUUAAACUCAAGAACUAUCCAAAAGAUGAUGCAACAGUGCGGUUCUUGAAAGAAAUCCUUGUUGCAGAUAUACCUUUUGGGUUUAUGAAUCCUGAGCAGAAGAGAAGGUUGAUAGAGUCUAUGGAGCUUAUGGAUGUACAAAAAGGAACAGUUGUGACGCAGGAAGGAGCACUUGGAUCAGAGAUGCAUAUUAUUGAGAGUGGGGUUUUUGAGGUUAGCAAGGAUGGAGAAGUUCUACGUAGACUUUACAGAGGAAACUUCUUUGGGGAAAUAGCGCUUCUACAUAACAUUUCAAGGACAGCGACUGUUAAAGCGAUUACUGAUGGAAAGGUGUGGGUGGUUGAGCAAACAUCGUUUUCAGGGAUUCGGAUGAUGGACAGGAUUGCCAACAAGAAGGUUAUUAUUGAAGGGCUACGGGAGAAUGGAAUGUUUGGAGUAGCUGGAGAUGAUGAUGAGACUGUAUUGAACAGGGUAAGCUUUGUGCAUUAUAAGAAUGGAAGCAAGGUUGAGAUAGGAGAUUCUGAGUUUUUAAUGAUUGUAAGUGAGGGAGAGAUUGAUGAUGGGGAAACAAGAAAGGUUUCACCUAAGGAGGUGCUGCGUGUAGGAUUUAUAGCAGUAACUGAGAUUGAGGUGGCGCACAUUCCUGAACUAUGUGAAGACGAGAGUAUAGGGAAUAAUGAAGAGUAA